AUGGCGCUGCAGCUUGAUCCUUUAGCUUUCGCUGCAACUCUGGGCGUUCCCUACCUUCCUGGUCUAGUUAAUUGUGUCAAAUCUCUGCUUGGUUUCUCAAGCAUUGAUGAAACUCACCGGCAUAGACUGUCGUGGAUCAUAACUACUUUUGAGCAGAUACUUGAUGAUGAACUAGAAUACGAACACUUUCAUAAUAGCUCUGCUUUGGCGAAGAUCAAACAUUUCAAAUAUGCAAUCUAUCGAGCAGAGGACGAGCUGGACAAAAUUUUCAUUGGUCGCUCCGAGAAAUCGGGUCAACCAACUCAAAGCACUUACAAUCAGGUAUUCAGCGAUUUCUCCUCUUCUGAAAGCAUGAAUCUAGAGAGCUUAGUUAUCAAGAAUUCAGUUAUGAGCUCCAUAUCCCAUGCCAAUAUAGAAAAUUGUCCAGCUUCAUGGCCAAGAUAUAAAAAACUCCCUGCACCUUUGAAAAAAUGUUUUGAGUUGUUAUCCAUAUUCCCAACGGAUUUUCAAUUCGAGAAAGAAUACUUAAUCCACCUAUGGAUGGCUGAAGAUUUCAUUCGGGAUGACACAGAGAGCCAAAAAUUAGAAGAGAUAGGGAGUAUUUAUCUUGAUAAGUUGGUUGAAAAAUCCCUCCUUCUAAAACCAGCAGACGAUCCACACGAUUUUUAUAAAAUAGAUGCUGAGCUCCAUAAGCUUGCGGAAUUUGUUUCUUGUGGAGUAUGUCUAACAAUAAAGGAAGGUCAGUCCAUAACAGAUUUGGCAUCGUCCCACUUAAAUGAUUCUCUCCGCCAUUUUUCAUUACGUUGCGAAAAUUAUUCGCAGGAGACAGCUAAACUUCUUGCUGGAUGUGAAGGAUUGCGAACAUUUCUUCUGCACAUUGGAGGUAGAAGCAGCAAUAUUAAAGUUAAACUUUUUGAUAAUCAACUUAUCUGUUUCAAGACCUUACGUGUUUUGGAUUUAAGCUGUCCUUCCAUUAUCGAGGUUCCAGAUUCUAUUGGUUGUUUGAAGCACCUUCGGUACCUUGACCUUUCCAAUUCUGGAAUUGAUAGUUUGCCCAAAAUGAUCCGUAAACUUCACAGUUUACAGAUAUUGAAACUCUAUGAUUGUAUUAAACUCAGGAGCUUACCCUGUUUGGAGCAUCUUCGUAGCUUGAAACAUUUGUUUUUAAACAAAAAUCAUUAUUUAGAUUCAUUGCCACAAGGAAUUGGGCAUUUAACUUUCCUUGAGACAUUUUCUUGCCCAUUUGUUGUGGGAACAAAUAAGGGAGAAGAUAUUGGAGUGUUGAUCAAGAUGAAUAACCUUCGAGGAUCACUGUGUAUUUCAAAUCUUGAAAACGUCCAGAAGUUGGAAGAGGCUAAGAAAGCUGCACUAAUUGAUAAAAAGUUGCUUCGCCAAUUGAAUUUGAAGUGGAGUGAGGAACCUACUCAACAGCAUAGAUUUGAAGAGGUUCUUGAAGGCCUUCAACCAGAUAGCAAGCUUGAAAAGUUGAAAAUAUCAGGUUAUGGGGGUCAGAUUUUCCCAGACUGGGUGACUAGUGACUCCUUUGAAAAUCUUAAGAAGGUUUCCUUGAUCAACUGCAAUGGAUGCAAACACCUUCCGUCUCUUUGGCGUCUCCCAAAGCUUGAAUCACUUACCAUAAGUAAAAUGGAUCAAAUAGAGCAGUUAAACGAUGACUUCUUCUUCCACAUUGGAAGUGGAGUUGUUUUUCCAUCACUUGAGAUGCUUGAAGUUAAAAGCAUGGAAAAUUUAAGAAGCUGGGUUACAAAUGACAUUGGCCAGCUUUCUUUUCCAAAGCUUAAUCAACUUACCUUCAAGGAUUGUCCCAUGUUGGAGCAAAUUAAUGUCCUUCAACUGCUCAAUUCCAUCUGGUGUCUGAAAAUUAAAGAUUGUGAACUACUAAUACGAUGGAUGGAUCAACAGCCAGGUUGGCAGAAGAAAAAGGAAGAAGACGAUGGAAGCUCUAUCUACCAACGCAUUUGA